AUGGCACUGGGGCUCCGCCAUUUCUCAAGCUUGCGUGUCGCAUCCUGCGACCUCCAGCGUGGCUCUGUCUUCCUCCAAAAGGGUAUCUAUUGCGAGGUGCGCAGUUCGAAGCCUGCUGGCCAUGGACGCUCAGCUGACGGAGCCUACGAGAUUCGUUACCGGGAGCUCCGAACGCGCAAAGCACGGGAGAUGAAGAUGAAAGAGACGGAAACGCUGCAGGUUGUGGAAUGCGAGCGGGUGUCAAUGCCAGUAAUGUAUAAAGAUGACACGAGGCUUGUUUUGGCAGAUUCCGACUACAAUGAGGUCGAGGUGGCGAUGGAGCAGCUUGGCGAGGCAGGCGAAGUGCUCCAAUGUGGGCACACCGUCUCAGUGCUAUAUCACGAGGGAAACCUCGUGAAGGUUGUCCCACCACCACAGAUCGCAGACCAGCUGCAGCAAGACUUCCGGAAGCAGCGGCGCGCGAAGCUUGCUUCCAGGCAGAAGGAGAGAAAGGAACUGAGGGAGAAGAGAGCCCACAUGGCUGAGGAGAAGGGUGGCUAG